UCGGAGGAUGCCCGGGCUGCAGUUGUAUAUGGUCAUGGCAGGGGCAUUCCUGGGAGUCCAGCAGAGUGACGCCGAGCUUUUUAAACCCCUGCUCCACUCCUCCUCCACCCUCAGUCCCGACUCUCUCCAGGCCGCCACGCCGCCGCCUGCGCGUCUUUACCCGGACACAGGAGCGAGUCUGUCCGGAGGAAAAAAAACGCAUCAACUUCUUUUCUCUUCGUUUUCUUUCUUCUUCUGUUACUCUCCUCCUUCACAUUUGGUUCCCGCAGGAGCCCGCACUGGAUUAACGGACUCUGGAUCCGCUGUGUGACCGGAGCGCAUGCGUUCCGUCUGUGCGCAAACUUUGCUGAAGUGUGUCACUCCCAGCAGGCUUGGCACUGCGCCUGCCGCUCCUCUCUCUCUCUCUCUCUCCUCUUUUUUCUGCCUUUUCCUCUCUUCCCACUCUGCUUUGUGCUAUAAAAGGGGGGCACCAUGAUGAGCAACAGCAGCUACUUGGAGCCGCCGCAGUUCUACCAGAGCACCGCGGACAUCGGCGAGGAGGAGGAGGAGAUGCCGGCCACCGAGAAGGACCUGGCCGAGGACGCUCCGUGGAAGAAGAUCCAGCAGAACACCUUCACCAGGUGGUGCAACGAGCACCUCAAGUGCAUGAACAAGCGGAUCAACGACCUGCAGAAGGACCUGAGCGACGGGCUGAAGCUGAUCGGGCUGCUGGAGGUGCUGAGCCAGAAGAAGAUGUACAGGAAGUAUCACUCCAGACCGAACUUCAGACAGAUGAAGCUGGAGAAUGUUUCCGUCGCUCUGGAGUUCCUGGAGAGGGAACACAUCAGACUGGUUUCCAUCGACUCUAAAGCCAUCGUGGACGGGAACCUGAAGCUGAUCCUGGGUCUCAUCUGGACCCUGAUCCUGCACUACUCCAUCUCCAUGCCCAUGUGGGAGGACGAGGACGACGAAGACGCCAAGAAACUGACCCCCAAACAGCGUCUGCUGGGCUGGAUCCAGAACAAAGUGCCCCAGCUCCCCAUCACCAACUUCCACCGAGACUGGAGGGACGGCAAGGCACUGGGAGCUCUGGUGGACAACUGCGCCCCUGGUCUUUGUCCAGACUGGGAAACAUGGGAUCCCAGUCAGCCGGUGGAGAACGCCAGAGAGGCCAUGCAGCAGGCUGACGACUGGCUCGGAGUGCCACAGGUGAUCGCUCCAGAGGAGAUCGUUGAUCCUAACGUGGACGAGCACUCUGUGAUGACCUACCUGUCUCAGUUCCCCAAAUCGAAACUGAAGCCCGGUGCCCCCCUGAGGGCGAAGACGCUGCACCCGAAGAGGGCCAAAGCCUAUGGACCAGGUAUUGAGCCUCGAGGUAAUGUGGUUCUGAAACCAGCAGAGUUUCUGGUGGAGACGGUGGAGGCCGGACUGGGUGAAGUCCUGGUUUAUGUGGAAGAUCCAGAGGGACACACAGAGGAGGCCCGAGUGAUCCCCAACAAUGACAAGAACAGAACCUACUCUGUGGUCUACCUGCCCAAAGUGGAGGGGCUUCAUAAAGUGAAGGUGCUGUUUGCUGGGCAGGACAUCGACAGAAGUCCCUUCUUGGUGAAUGUUUCGAAGGCCAUGGGCGACCCAAGCAGAGUUCAGGCCCGCGGGCCGGGACUGCAGUCGACGGGAAAUGUGGCCAACAAACCUACAUACUUUGACAUUUACACUGCAGGGGCGGGUGCUGGAGAUGUAGGCGUUAUUAUUGUGGAUUCAAACGGUCGGAGGGAUACAGUGGAGAUUGUCUUGGAGAACAAAGGCGACAGUAUUUUCCGCUGCACCUAUGUUCCCGUCCUGGAGGGACCUCACACUGUCUAUGUGACCUUUGCUGGGCAGCAGAUUCCCAGAAGCCCUUUCACUGUCCAGAUCUCAGAGGUUUCACAGAGCGUCCCACCUCCGGGGUCUCCGGUGCAGAUUGUACCUCAGUGCACACGCACCCCACCCUCAGACAAGACAAGGAGAGGCCCCCCUCCAACACCGCCCAAACCCAGGCGACCAACUUGUAACCCGAACGCCUGCCGGGCGUCGGGCAGAGGUCUGCAGCCGAAGGGUCUGAGGGUGAAAGAAGUGGCAGAUUUUAAAGUUUACACUAAAGGAGCCGGCAGCGGAGAACUCAAAGUCACCGUGAAGGGACCAAAGGGCCUGGAGGAGCCGGUGAAGGUUCUUGAGAUGGAAAACGGUAUGUUUGAGUGUAAUUAUUACCCCAUCAUGACAGGAAAAUACAUCGUAACCAUCACCUGGGGAGGACACAGCAUCCCACGCAGUCCAUUCGAGGUUCAGGUGAGUGAGGAGGCGGGGCCUCAGAAGGUGAGGGCCUGGGGUCCAGGUCUGGAGACCGGCAUGGUGGGGAAGAGUGCUGACUUUGUGGUGGAGGCCAUCGGCACGGAGGUGGGAACACUCGGUUUCUCCAUCGAGGGUCCGUCUCAGGCGAAGAUCGAGUGUGAUGAUAAAGGUGACGGGUCAUGUGAUGUUCGUUACUGGCCGACUGAGCCGGGCGACUACGCUGUGCACGUCAUAUGUGACGACGAGGACAUCAAGGACAGUCCCUUCAUGGCUCACAUCCUCCCUGCUGCCAGUGACGUCUUCCCAGAAAACGUGAAAUGUUACGGUCCAGGUCUGGAGCCGCUGGGCUGCAUCGUCAACAAACCCGCUGAUUUCACCAUCGAUACCCACGAAGCCGGCAGAGGAGAGCUGAAGCUCUACGCUCAGGAUGCAGAGGGUUUCCCCAUCGACAUACAGAUCACAGAUAACGGAGACAGCACCUACUUCUGUGUUUACAUUCCCACAAAACCCAUCAAACACACCAUCAUCAUCACCUGGGGCGAAGUCAACGUUCCCAACAGCCCCUUCAGGGUGACGAUAGGAGAAGGCAGCCAUCCAGAGAACGUGAAGGUUUACGGUCCAGGUGUGGAGAAGACGGGACUGAAGGCCAACGAGCCGACGUACUUCACUGUGGACUGCAGCGAGGCCGGACAGGGUGAUGUCAGCAUUGGGAUCAAGUGUGCUCCAGGUGUGGUCGGUCCCGCAGAGGCCGACAUCGACUUUGACAUCAUCAAGAACGACAACGACACGUUCACAGUGAAGUACACGCCUCCGGGUGCCGGUCAGUACACCAUCAUGGUGCUGUUCGCUGAUCAGGAAAUUCCCAUCAGCCCCUUCAGAAUAAAGGUGGAUCCUUCCCAUGAUGCAGCUAAAGUCCGAGCAGAAGGACCCGGACUCAACAGGACAGGAGUUGAAGUGGGUAAACCGACUCACUUCACCAUUUACACAAAGGGAGCCGGUAAAGCCCAACCUGAGGUUCAUUUCACCGGAGCGGCUAAAGGUGAAGCUGUCAGAGACUUCGAGAUCAUCGACAACCACGACUACUCGUACACCGUCCGCUACACCGCGGUCCAGCAGGGGAACAUGUCCGUCACUGUGUGUCACGGAGGAGACCCCAUCCCUAAAAGUCCAUUUAACAUCAGUGUGGCCCCCCCGCUGGACCUCAGCAAGGUCAAAGUUCAGGGUUUGAACAACAAGGUGGAUGUUGGGAAGGACGAGGAGUUCACCGUCAGCACUCAGGGUGCCGGAGGUCAGGGCCAACUGGACGUCAAGAUCACCUCACCGUCACGUCGACCAAUCCCCUGCAAGCUGGAGUCGGGCACAGCCAAUGAGAUGCACACAGUGAAGUACAUUCCCCCCGAGGAAGGACCGUACAGAGUGGACAUCAGCUACGACGGAAACCCUGUACCAGGAAGUCCGUUCACUGUGGAGGGCGUCAUGCCCCCCGACCCUUCAAAGGUUCGAGCCUAUGGUCCAGGUCUUCAGGGUGGUGUUGUUGGUAAACCGGCCCCCUUUGCCAUUGACACAAAGGGAGCCGGUACCGGUGGUCUGGGCCUGACGGUGGAGGGACCCUGUGAGGCCAAGAUUGAAUGCCAGGACAACGGUGAUGGAUCCUGCUCCGUGUCCUACCUGCCCACAGAGCCCGGCGAGUACGCCAUCAACAUCCUGUUUGCAGACCAGCACAUCCCCGGGUCCCCCUUCAAGGCCAUGGUCCAGUCUGCGUUUGACCCCAGCAAGGUGACGGCCAGCGGCCCCGGCCUGGAGCGAGGGAAAGUCAACGAGGACGGAUCCUUCACAGUGGACUGCUCUAAAGCCGGAGAGGCCGAGCUCACCAUCGAGAUCAUCUCCGACUCCGGAGCCAAAGCUGAAGUUCACGUCCAGAACAACCGGGACGGGACCUACUCCAUCACCUACAUCCCCCAGUUCCACGGCAUGUACACCAUCACCAUCAAAUAUGGAGGACACGCAGCGCCGAAGUUCCCCGCCCGACUACAGGUGGACCCAGCGGUCGACACCAGCGGGGUGAAGGUCUACGGACCAGGAGUGGAACCCAGAGGCGUCCUGAGGGAAGUGACCACCCAUUUCAUAGUGGACGCCCGGGCCCACUACAAGAGCGGCGGCAGCCAUAUCAAAGCUUGCGUCUCCAAUCCAUCUGGCGCCAACACGGACACCUACAUCACCGACAAAGGAGACGGGACCUACAGAGUGGAGUACACACCCUACGAGGACGGUUUGCAUCUGAUUGAAGUUUUGUUUGACGAGAUCUCGGUUCCUAAGAGUCCAUUCAGGGUGUCGGUGACUGAAGGUUGUGAUCCCAGUCGAGUCCGAGCCUACGGUCCAGGCCUGGAGGAAGGACUGGUUAACAAACCAAACCGCUUCACUGUCGAGACCAGAGGUGCUGGCACCGGAGGUCUUGGCCUGGCCAUUGAGGGUCCAUCUGAGGCAAAGAUGUCGUGUAAGGACAACAAAGAUGGUAGCUGCAGUGUGGAGUACAUCCCCUUCACUCCUGGAGAGUACGAUGUCAACAUCACCUUCGGAGGCCUGCCUAUCCCAGGGAGCCCAUUUCGGGUUCCAGUGCGAGAGCUGGUGGAUCCCAGUAAAGUGAAGUGUUCAGGUCCCGGCCUGGGAAGUGGAGUCCGAGCCCACGUCCCUCAGACCUUCACUGUAGACAGCAGCAAGGCUGGGGUGGCCCCCCUGGAGGUCCAGCUGUAUGGGCCCACAGGUGUGGCCGAGCCAAUCAGCAUCACCGACAAUAACGACGGUACUCACACAGUCAACUACACUCCUGCCAACGACGGCCCGUACACGGUGUGUGUGAAGUACGCCGACCAGGAGGUCCCUCGCAGUCCUUUUAAGAUCAAGACUCUACCGGCUCAUGACGCCAGUAAAGUUCGAGCCAGCGGUCCAGGUCUGAAUGCAUCCGGAGUUCCAGCCAGUCUGCCGGUUGAGUUCACCAUCGAUGCCAGAGACGCCGGAGAGGGACUGCUCACUGUUCAGAUACUGGAUCCGGAGGGAAAACCCAAGAAGGCGAACAUCCGAGACAACAGAGACGGGACGUACACGGUGUCCUACGUACCGGACAUGACGGGACGUUACACCAUCACCAUCAAAUACGGAGGAGACGAGAUCCCAUACUCACCGUACCGCAUCCACGCCCUGCCCACCGGAGACGCCAGCAAGUGUCUGGUCACAGUGUCAAUCGGAGGGCACGGACUGGGAUCAGGUAUCGGCCCGACCAUCCAGAUCGGAGAGGAGACGGUCAUCACCGUAGAUGCAAAGGCUGCUGGGAAAGGUAAAGUCACCUGUAAGGUGUCGACUCCUGACGGAGCGGAGCUGGACGUGGACGUGGUCGAGAACGCUGACGGGACGUUUGAUAUUUACUACACGGCUCCGGAGCCCGGGAAGUACGUCAUCACUAUCCGGUUUGGAGGGGAGAACAUUCCCAACAGCCCCUUCCACGUGGUGGCGAGCGAUACCGUCCCAAUAAUAGAGGAACCAUGUGACAAGCUCCAGUUACAGCAGCCCUACACUCCCUAUGUGGGCUUCUCCCCUCGAUGGGCCACCGAUGAUCCCAUCAGCCCCGUGGACGGGAUGGAGCCCAUGCUCCGCCCCUUCAGUCUGGUCAUUCCCUUCACUGUGCAGAAAGGAGAGAUCACAGGUGAAGUGCGAAUGCCGUCGGGUCGAACCGCCUGUCCUCACAUCACCGACAACAAGGACGGCACGGUCACUGUGAAGUACUCCCCGACAGAACGAGGCCUGCACGAGAUGGACAUCAAAUAUGAUGGAAACCAUAUCCCAGGAAGUCCACUCCAGUUCUACGUUGAUGCCAUUAACAGUGGUCAUGUGACGGCGUACGGCCCUGGUCUGAGCCACGGCACGGUGAACAGACCGGCCACCUUCACUAUCGUUACUAAAGACGCUGGAGAAGGUGGUCUGUCUCUGGCUGUUGAAGGUCCGUCUAAAGCAGAGAUCAGCUGUAAAGACAACAAAGACGGGACCUGUACUGUGUCCUACCUGCCCACCGCACCUGGAGACUACAACAUCAUCGUCAAGUUUGAUGACAAACACAUCGCUGGCAGCCCCUUCACCGCCAAGAUCACUGGUGAUGAGUCCAUGAGGACGUCUCAGCUUAACGUUGGCACGGCAACAGAUGUUUCCUUAAAAAUCACAGAGACGGACCUGAGCAGUCUGACUGCGAGCAUCAGAGCGCCAUCUGGAAACGAGGAGCCGUGUCUGCUGAAGAGGCUGCCCAACAGACACAUCGGGAUCUCGUUCACACCAAAGGAAGUAGGCGAACACGUGGUGAGUGUGAAGAAGAACGGGAAACAUGUGACCAACAGUCCCUUUAAGAUCAUGGUGGGUCAGUCGGAGAUCGGAGACGCCAGUAAGGUGAAGGUUUACGGUCAGGGGCUGGUGGAGGGACACACCUUCGAGGUGGCCGAGUUCAUCGUCGACACAAGGAACGCAGGUUAUGGAGGUCUGGGUCUGUCCAUCGAGGGUCCCAGUAAGGUGGACAUUAACUGUGAGGACGUGGAGGACGGGACGUGUAAAGUCACUUACUGUCCAACUGAACCUGGAAACUACAUCAUCAACAUCAAGUUCGCUGACCAACACGUCCCAGGAAGUCCGUUCACAGUGAAGGUGUUUGGUGAGGGCCGGAUGAAGGAGAGCAUCACCAGGAAACGUCAGGCUCCCUCCAUCGCUACUGUGGGCAGCACCUGCGACCUCAACCUCAAAAUACCAGGGAACUGGUUUCACAUGGUUUCGGCUCAGGAGCGUCUGACUCGGACGUUCACUCGCAGCAGUCACACCUACACUCGGACCGAGCGGACGGAGAUCAGUAAGACUCGAGCAGGAGAGACGAAGAGGGAGGUCCGUGUGGAGGAGAGCACUCAGGUGGGAGGAGAGCCGUUCAGAGACGUGUUCGGAGACUUCCUGGGACGUGAGAAUCUGAGCGGAUUCAACGGGAUGCCGGCCGGCAGCCGACCGCCGCUGCAGGACGGUGAGACAAGUAACCAGGAGAUGACGGCUCAGGUGACGAGUCCUGGAGGAAAGACGGAGGACGCAGAGAUCAUUAAAGGAGAGGACAGCACCUACAGCGUCCGCUUCAUCCCCCAGGAGAUGGGAGCUCACACUGUUAACGUUAAAUAUCGGGGCCAACACGUCCCCGGGAGCCCCUUCCAGUUCACUGUGGGGCCCCUGGGAGAGGGAGGGGCCCACAAGGUCCGAGCAGGGGGAACCGGGCUGGACCGAGGAGUGGCAGGGAUCCCAGCUGAGUUCAGUAUCUGGACCAGAGAGGCCGGAGCUGGAGGUCUGUCCAUCGCUGUGGAGGGACCAAGCAAGGCCGAGAUCACCUUUGAAGACAGGAAGGAUGGAUCCUGUGGAGUCGCCUACAUAGUUCAGGAGCCUGGUGACUAUGAGGUUUCCAUUAAGUUCAACGAUGAACACAUCCCAGACUCUCCGUUCAUCGUCCCCAUCGCCACUCUGUCUGAUGACGCUCGCCGCCUCACCAUCACCAGCCUGCAGGAGAUGGCACUGAAAGUUGGGCAGGAGGCCUCCUUUGCUGUACAGCUGAAUGGAGCCAGAGGGCUGAUCGAUGCUAAGAUCCACACACCAUCAGGAGCCAUAGAGGAGUGCUACAUCACUGAGCUGGACAGCGACCAGCAUGCUAUCAGGUUCAUCCCGAGGGAAAAUGGAGUUCAUUCUAUCGACGUUCGUUUCAAUGGCAGCCAUGUUCCCGGCAGUCCCUUCAAGAUCCGAGUGGGAGAACCAGGCCAGGUCGGAGAUCCCGGCAUGGUGUCUGCCUUCGGACCGGGGCUGGAGGGAGGAACCACAGGCGUGGCGUCAGAGUUUAUUGUGAACACGUGUAAUGCCGGCUCAGGAGCUCUGUCAGUGACCAUCGACGGGCCAUCGAAGGUGAAGAUGGACUGUCAGGACUGUCCUGAGGGCUACAAGGUCUCCUACACACCCAUGGCUCCCGGACACUACCUGAUCGCCAUCAAGUACGGAGGACCCCAGCACAUCGUAGGCAGCCCCUUCAAGGCCAAAGUCUCAGGACCUCGUCUGUCCGGUGGCCACAGUCUGCAUGAGACAUCGUCUGUUCUUGUGGAAACUGUCACCAAGUCAUCAGCGAUGGGAGGGGCCUUCGCCUCCUUACCCAAAUUCUCCUCAGACGCCAGUAAAGUCAUCUCCAGAGGCGCUGGCCUAUCGAAGGCCUUCGUAGGUCAGAAGAACACGUUCACAGUCGACUGCAGCAAAGCAGGCACCAACAUGUUGAUGGUGGGCGUUCACGGGCCGAAGACGCCCUGUGAGGAGGUGUAUGUCAAACACAUGGGCAACAGGAUGUACAAUGUCACGUACACGGUCAAAGAACAAGGCAGCUACAUCCUCAUCGUCAAAUGGGGGGACGAGAACGUCCCCGGCAGUCCCUUCCACGUCACUGUCCCUUAAAACUGAACUCUUCUUCUCUAUGUCCGUCCCUCUGCUGCAGCUCCUCAGCUUCCUUGCUCUCCUCAUCCUGAUGCACUGAAGACACAAAGACUAUUCACUUCCUGUUUAAGCAGACAGUUUUCACGCUCUGUGCCACAUUUUUCAUUCAUUUCAUUCUCUUUCUUGUGUCUCUCGGAGACACUCGCCACCUGCAACGACAACAGUUCAGUCAGAGCCCUGUCACACCAGCAUUUAUAUCAGUUCAACUUUGAAACAUGCUAAUUUCAGCCGUUGGCCAAUUGCAAACUGUCUUGACAGUGCUGACCUUCGAAGGAAGGGAGAAUCAGACAGUCCAAAAGUUAGUUAAUAUCAGACGAUAUUAUCAAGAUAUUAUCAUUUUAGCACAAGAUGCUAACUAGGGCAAACAAGACAUUAACUUGUGCACAAUAUCUAGUAUCUUGUUCACACAAGUUAGUAUCUUGUUUGAGUUAUUAGUUAUUAUCUUGUUCGUACGAGAUACAAACAUCAGAUAUUUCUGGAUUUUUCAAAAACUGUGGAUUCAAAAUUUUGUAAAUUCCCGAGUUUUUUGUACUUACCUCUCAAAGUAGGAUUGUGCAACCGGGAACAGAAGCAACUUGUUUCAUGUCUUGUCUGGUCAAACCUGUGUGUUGUAAAGGUGUCUUCCCACAAAGCUGCAGAAAGCUGAAGUGAUAACGGAGGAUCAGGAGCUGUGACUUUAUUUCAAGAAAAAAAAAAGCUCUUGCUUUUGAUUUUAUUUAUUCUCAGACCUUUUUUCCCCUCGUUUGAUUUUCUUUGACAGAAAAUGGUCUUAUUGUAGAGAGAGAGCAGGUGAUGAGGUUGAUCUCUCCUGAAUUAUCUGUUCAGAGAAAGACAGAUGUCAUGACUUAGACUUUUUUUUACCACAGGAAGGAGUGCGGUGAAACAAUCUGUUUAUUUUGUGAAUGUUAAAAACACACAGGUGAUGUUGCAAUGACACAAUAUUACAGAGUGACAUUUUAUAGUGAUUUUGUAUGUAUCAAAAAUGGAUGAAUGAAAUAAAUUUGAACUGUUUGAUAUGUUAACCUUCAAUCUGGCAAGAUUGUGCAGGCAUAAUAAAAGUGUAUUCGCUAACUUGCCACAAAGA